GCCAAGUACAAUUAAGUAAUUAACAUCCAUCCAUACAUUCAUUCAUUCAUAACACCCUCAGCUUAUUAUUCAUUAAUCAUCUCAUUAUAGUCCAUAAUGGAAGAUCUAAACUUAUUAACAUAUGGAAUAAUCUCAAUUAUACCUAUUUUCUUCAUACUUUACACCCUUUUGUCACCCAAAAACCCCCACAAAAACCUCCCCCCAAGCCCACCAUUAUCCCUCCCUAUAAUAGGACAUCUUCACAUGCUAAAACGCCCAUUACACAAAUCCAUCCAUGAAAUUGCCACAAAAUAUGGCCAAGUCCUACUACUUAAACUGGGUGUACGCAACGUUCUCCUUGUUUCCUCCCCAGAAGCGGUCGAGGAAUGUCUUGUAAAAAAUGAUGUUAUAUUUGCCGAUCGUCCUGAUACUCUUGUCGGGAGGAUAUUACAUUAUAAUAGAACUUCUAUGGCUCUUACACCUUAUAAUGAUCAUUUUAGGACUAUUAAGAGACUUAUGACCCAACAAGUUUUUACGUCCGGAAAGAUACGUUUGUUUACUAGUGUUCGUGAAGAGGAAUGUCAAUUGCUUGUUCGUGGGUUGUGGGAACAAUCUAUUGAAAGUCAUAAGCCUGUUAAGGUUAAUUUGAAUAAGGAGUUUAAUGAUUUGGGUCUUAAUAUUAUGACCCAAAUUACUGCUGCUAAGAGGUUCUAUGGAAAGGGUGUGGAAGAUGCUAGCCAAGCAAAGCAAUUUAGCAGGAUAAUAAGAGAAGGAGCCUUAUUGAGCAAUGCAGACAAUCCCAUAGAUUUUAUACCAAUAUUGAAAUAUUUAUAUAGAGGUGUUGAGAAACAAAUGAUUUCAUGGAUGGAAAGAACUGAUAUUUUCUACCAAAGACUACUUGAUGAAAGAAAAAGGAUGAGUAAUGCUGAAAAGGGUGAUUCUAGGACUAUUAUUGAUUUUCUUAUUGAAGCUCAACAACAAGAUCCUGUUUUCUAUACCAAUGAAGUCAUCAAGGGUAUGGUAAUGAUAAUUAUAUUAGCAGGAGCGGAUACAUCGGCAGCAGCCAUGGAAUGGGCAAUGGCACUACUCUUAAACCAUCCGGAAGCCAUGAAAAAAGCUCGAGCCGAAAUCGACCAAGUCAUAGGACAUGAUCGUCUAAUCAAAGAAGAGGACAUAUCCCAAUUACCAUACCUUCAAAACGUGGUAAACGAAUCCCUUAGACUAUACCCACCAACACCCCUUCUAAUCCCACAUGAGUCAUCCCAAGAUUGCACCAUUUGUGGGUACGAUAUCCCACGUGGUACAAUCUUGAUGGUUAGUCUAUGGAGUAUCCAUCACGACCCGAAUCUUUGGGAUGAACCCGAGAAGUUUAAACCCGAACGAUUCCAGGGAAAAGAAGGGGAAGAUGUGGUGUUUAGGUCAUUGCCUUUUGGGCUAGGAAGAAGGGCUUGUCCGGGUUAUGCAAUUGGGAAAAGGGUUAUAUGUUUGGCUAUUGGAGCAUUUAUUCAAUGCUUUGAUUGGGAAAGGCCCGGAAAUGAGUUGCUUGAUAUGGAUCAAGAUGCUGGGAUUACUAUGCCUAAAGCUCAACAAUUGGAAGCUUUGUAUAAAAUUCGUCCUUCUAUGGCAAAUUUACUUAGUACCCUAUUCAAUGAUGACAAUUGAUAAGGGAUUCAAUACUUAAUGUUUGAGGAUAUAAGAUAUUCUAGGGCUUUAAUCAUCUGCUUAAGUUUUUUGAUGUGACAUUAGAGCUUAUAAACUGAUGGUUGAAACUCCAAAAUAUGUUAUAUGCUAUAAAAUUUAUCUCUUAAUUCAUCAUACUCCCACCUGUCACUUUCAGUUUGCACCGUAUAACUCAAAUAUGUAAAAAAGUUUUGAGUAAUAUGUUGUGUGCAAAUUUAAGGUAUGGAGGGAGUAGAAUUUACUUAUGCUUUAAUUGGGGUUUUGGACAUGUAAUAAUAAUUUUCGAAGCAAUUAGGUAAAUGUUUUGUUUGAAAUAUUAAAUUGAAUUCAUAUAUAAUUGAAAUUGUUUUAUUGUA